GUGAGCCGCUUGCACACACGCGCGUGCCAUGCCCAGUUUGGAUUCCAGCACUCUGGGGACACGCUCACCGGCCAGGCUCUGACUGAUGCAAUGGUUGCUGCCCGCGGCCUCCGUGUUCCCUGCGUCCUGCUGCUGAUCCCAGGGCUAUGCGUGUCCUUCAACAUCGACGUGAAGAGACCCCAGAUCUUCCACGGCCCGUCAGAGGCUCAGUUUGGCUACAAAGUCCUGCAGCACGAAGCCGGAGGGCAGAAAUGGCUGCUGGUGGGGGCACCGUGGGAGGGCACGGCCGACGACCGGAGAGGGGAUGUAUACAAGUGCGCGGUGGGAUCCAGGAACCGCUCCUGCAGCCAGGUCCACUUAGGUGACACUGCCCUCCGCAACGUCUCCAAGCAGAUCAAGAACAUGCACUUUGGGAUGACACUCGUGGACAACAAAGGCGAAGGGUUUGUGGCCUGUGCCCCGCUCUGGUCCCAGGAGUGCGGCACCUCCAUGUUCAGCACGGGCAUUUGCACCAAAGUGGACAGCGACUUCCGCCCGACCGAGACCAUUGCUCCCACAGCUCAAAGGUGCUCCACCUACAUGGACAUUGUGAUUGUUCUGGAUGGUUCCAACAGCAUCUACCCUUGGUACGAGGUCCAGAAUUUCCUCAGUAACAUCCUCAGCAAAUUCUUCAUCGACCCGGAGCAAAUCCAGGUUGGGGUGCUUCAGUAUGGGGAGAAAGCGGUCCACGAAUGGAGCCUGCACGACUACCAGACGGCGGAGGAGGUGGUGGAGGCCGCAAAGAACAUCAGCCGGCAGGAGGGCAGGGAGACGCGUACGGCGUUCGCUAUACACACGGCCUGCACGGAGGCCUUCAGCCUGGAGCAUGGCGGGCGGGAAGGAGCCACCAAGCUGAUGAUCGUGGUGACUGAUGGUGAGUCUCACGACGGGGACGAGCUGCCGGGGGCCCUGGCUGAGUGCGAGAAGCGCAACAUCACGCGCUACGCCAUUGCGGUCCUCGGGCACUACAUUCGCCGGCAACAGGACCCCGAAUCCUUCAUCCGUGAGAUCAAGUACAUCGCCAGCGACCCCGACGAGAAGUAUUUCUUCAACGUGACGGACGAGGCAGCCCUCAACGACAUCGUGGAUGCCCUGGGGGACAGGAUCUUCAGCCUGGAAGGCACUCACGGCUAUAACGAGAGCUCCUUCGAACUGGAGAUGUCCCAGAUUGGCUUCUCCACACACCUCCUGGAGGACGGGAUCCUGUUUGGCACCGUGGGAGCCUACGACUGGGAUGGGGCCGUGCUCAAGGAGAGCCGCCGUGGCCGCAUCGUGCCCCCCCGGCAGGCCUUUGCCAAGGAGUUCCCCCUGGAGCUGAAGAACCACGCCGCCUACCUCGGCUACACCGUGUCCUCGGUGCGGCUGCGAGGCGGCCGGCGGCUGUACGUUGCCGGAGCCCCCCGAUUCCAGCACAAGGGGAAGGUGAUCCUGUUUGAGAUGAGCAGCCGGGGCAGUGUGGCCAUAUCCCAGGCCCUCACUGGGGAGCAGAUCGGCUCGUACUUCGGCAGUGAGGUGUGUCCCGUGGACGUGAAUGGGGACGGGGUCACUGAUGUCCUGCUGGUGGCUGCCCCCAUGUUCCUGGGGGAGCAGAGCAAAGAGACUGGCCGGGUUUAUGUCUACAAAGUGGGGCCGCUGCUCCUGAUGCCCAACGGGACGCUGGAGGCCGAGCGGAAGCCGCAGGACUCGCGCUUCGGCUACGCCCUGGCCGCGCUGCCGGACCUCAACCACGACGGCUUCAAUGAUGUGGCGGGGGGAGCGCCGCUGGAGGACGGGCACCGGGGGGCCGUGUACCUCUACUACGGUGCCCGUGGCACUGUCCUCCCAACCUACAAGCAGCGCAUUGAAGCCUCCUCCUUCCGCCCCGGCCUGAGCUACUUCGGGCGCAGCCUGGAUGGGCAGCUGGACCUCGAUGGGGACGCCCUGGUGGACCUGGCCGUCGGGGCCCAGGGUGCUGCCGUGGUGCUGAGGUCCCGGCGGAUCGUGCAGGUGGCCAUGGCACUGGCUGUGACGCCGCCGUCCAUCAGCGUGCUCCACAAGAGCUGCCGGCGCAGCGGCAAGGAGGCCGCCUGCCUCAGCGCCGAGCUCUGCUUCCAGGCCGCGUCGCGGGCACCCGAGAGGGGAGAGAGGCACUUCGGGCUCCGGUACAAUGUGACGCUGGACGAGCGGAGGCCGGGCGCCCGUGCCGCCUUCGAUGACGCCUCCCAGAAGCGCACGGUGCAGAGGCGGCUCCGGGCGGCCGUGGGGCGCAGGGUCUGCCAGAGUCACCCCUUCCACGUCUUCGACACAACCGACUACCUGCGCCCCGUCAGCCUCACGGUCAAGUUUGAGCUGCUGGAUGCCGAGGGGGCGCCUGUGCUGGAUGAGAGCUCGCCCACCACCCUCCGCAAGCUGGUGCCUUUCUUCAAAGACUGCGGGGAAGACAACGAGUGCGUCACAGAUCUGGUGCUCCAAGCCACCAUGGACAUCGCCGGCUCCAGGCAGGAGCCGUACAUCGUGCGCAGGGGCCGGCGCAAGGUGCUGGUGGACGCAACGCUGGAGAACAAGCAGGAGAACGCCUACAACGCCAGCCUGGCCCUCGCCUUCUCCACCAACCUCCACUUCUCCAGCCUGGCGCUCAAGGGGGAUGCCCCCCCCAAGGUGGAGUGCAUGGCCCCCGCACCCCACGCCCGCGUCUGCGCCGUCAGCUACCCUGUCUUCCGUGCCCUGGCCAAGGUGACGUACGUCAUCGAGUUCGAGUUCAGCUGCUCCUCCCUGCUCAGCCGGGCCCAGGUGAAGCUCGUGGCUGGCAGUGACAGCCUGGAAGGGAACGAGACCCUGCAGGACAACACGGCCGAGCUCUUUGCCUACGUCCGCUACGAGCCCGACCUCUUCCUGUCCAGCGAGGCCGCCCUGACGCGCUACGAGGUGCACCCGGGAAGCCCCUUCCCCAACGGCAUCGGGCCUGAGUUCCAGACCACCGUGAAGGUGCAGAACCUGGGCUGCUACCCCGUCAGCGGCCUGGCCCUCCGCAUGGCCCUGCCAGCUGCAGGAUACCAGAGCCGCCCCUUCCUCUCCAUCACGCGCAUCCUAGCCAACAACGUGACGUGCAGCCUGCAGAACGUGACAGCGGCCACAGCCCCACUGCACCCUGCCAAUCUUGCCCACGAAGACAGGCUGAACUGCAGCAACACGUGGUGCCAGGCCGUGACGUGCGAGCUGGCGCCGCUGGAGAAGGGCGCCGAGGUCUCCGUGCAGCUGCUGCGCGUGAUCCACAAUGAUUUCUUCCGGCGGGCCAAGUUCAAGGCUGUGAAAGUUGUCAGCAUGUUUGCCCUGGUGGCCGAGGAGAGCAGCGUCCUUGUACUGGAUGAAUCAGUGCAUCGAUGGGAGACAGUCCUGGAGAUCAUCCAGCCCAAGCGCAUCCCCGUCUCCUUGUGGAUCCUCAUCGGCAGCAUCGUGGGGGGGCUCCUGCUCCUGGCACUGAUCAUCUUCUGCCUGUGGAAGCUCGGCUUCUUCGCUCACAAGAAGCCCCAGGAGGAGGAGGAGGAGGAGAAGGAGGAGCAGUGACCACAGCUCCCCGUGACAGACUCUCCACUGCCGCCUGCCAGCCCCAGGGACAGCCAAGGGCAGAUGUGCCACUGCCUCGGCCGUCCAGCUCUGCCUGAGGCCCACAGCCCCUUGGACUCCUGCUGCCCCUGGGGCUGGACCUGCCCCUGCUCGGGCUCACCCCUUCUACCCGGGGCCUAGGGGUGCCAGGACGGGGCUCUUCCCCCCAGCAGUGCCCCCAAGUUACAUCCAGCUGGGCGAGAGCCUCGAAUGCGGUGCCAAUCGGUGGGAAGCCAGCUCGGGGCACACACCGGGACUCUGGAGAAGCCUCUCGCCCACCCACCCAGGCCCCCGCUGCAGCACAGACACGAGGAAGCCAGUCAGCCCUCGCUCACGGCCCUGUGCGCAGGGUGGAGACAGACUAGGCCUGGCCGGGGAUCCGCAAUAAAAGCCUGCAGCGUGGCUGCCCCGACCUUUGCUGCUGCCAGCGCCGGGGGGGAGGAGGAUGGGGACAAGGCUCAGUCCCGCUGACAGCAUCUGUGGCUUUUCGGGAGUGGGGCAGGGAGUGUGAGGCAUGGGGUGGGGGGAACAGAAAUCCCUGGGAUCCCCAUGGCAUCAGCGCCUGCUCCCUUCCCGUCGGGAACAGCUGACCAGCCUCAGCGAGGGGGAAUGGGUGCAGCUACAGCUCAGAAAAGGGUGGCACUCAACCCACCAUGGAGGGGUCCGGGGUGGGAACUGUUCACGCCCCAGGUCACCCCCUCCUGCACACAGGCUCCUGCUUCAGCCACAGGCCCGUGGACCUAGCACCGCAGUUUUGUCACUCCUGUACCUGCCCCGGGCCAGUACAUCAGUGCCUGCUCGAGGCCCACGUGGGGCAGGGAGCAGGGUAGAAGCCCAGAGCUCACGGUUGCCCCACUUACCCCUCCCCAAGGCAUCCUCAGUCCCUAUGAAGAGCCAGGAGCCUGCCUGUUGCAACCAACAGCCCCAUUGAUUUCUGCAGCAUUAGAGCAGACGCACAAGCUCAGGGCUUUAUUUCCAAGCGAGCGAUGUAGCAAGCUGUGCUCAGAAGAGCCGGGGAUGAGGAUCUGAGGCCAUGCUGGAUGUGUAACUGGCAAGGGCAAGCAGCCCCGUCUUGCCUUGUGGCCUGGGAAUUGGUUUUAGCUCAACUUGGAUCUAACAGCUGACCAUUUUCAGAGGGCAAGGGGUGGGGGAGCUGGGAUACGAGAGCUGCUAAUCCACAGGUAAGAGAAUGCCCCAAAGCCAGGGCCUGAAGCAAACUGACCAGCGCUAGUCCCAUGCCCACAUGUGGAGGGGCUGGGAUGGUGCAGGCACAGAGCAGGCUAGAGCCCAAGCAGGAGGCUCCCACCGCUUCCUCCUACCACCACACCCCUCGCGGCUGCAGCCCAGAGUACAGGGAGGCUUGGGCAGUGCCAAGCAACGGUGUGCCCCAGCCCAGCUGGGCCUGGGCUGCCGCAGGAAUUUCAGUUGUGACCAUGUAAGCAGCAUUAGUGCCCUCUGCUUCCGCCUGGAAGAGAGGAGCAUUUGCUCAAGUCCACAGCUGCGUGGGUCUGAAUGUGGCUCGGACAGACACCAGGGUCCCCCCCUCCCAAAAUCUGACCCAGUCCAGGAAGACACUUCCACUAUCUUCCCCUGGCUUUGGAGCAAGCAUUUUUUUAAAGAGCAAAAGCUGCUGGAAAUUAGAACGUACAUGAUAUAUGAGAAAUAUGGUAAGAGCAGUUUUUACACUUACUGGACAAAAGGGAGCAGAACAGGCUUCCGCACUGCUGCUACUCGGUGACUUGCUACAAGGAAAGAGCUUUUUUACCCAUUUCAAAACCAAGGUGUGUACCAU